AUGGCGGCCCAGGGAAGAGAGGGAGGAGGAGGAGUCGCGGUUUUGUGCGGAGGAGCGACGGUGAAUGCGGUGGAAUCGUCUUCUACUUCUUCUUCUUCGUCGGCGGCGGCGGCUUCGAAAGGAACGGUGGCGAACUUGGAUGAAGAUUCCCCGAUUCUCUUCUUUUUGUUCUUUCACAAGGCAAUUCGGCAGGAGCUCGACUCACUUCACCGCUCCGCCUUGGCCUACGCCACUGGACAAUUAUCCGACAUACAGCCUUUGCUCGAGCGGUACCGGUUCCUCAGAUCAGUUUACAAGCAUCAUUCCGAUGCUGAGGAUGAGGUAAUUUUUCCUGCUCUUGAUAAACGUGUGAAGAAUGUAGCUCGCACAUACUCAUUAGAGCACAAGGGUGAAAGUGAUCUUUUUGAUCUCUUAUUUGAGCUCCUAAAUUCUCACAACCAGAGUCAUGAAAGUUUUCCUCGGGAACUGGCAUCUUGUACAGGUGCAUUGCAGACUUCUCUUUGUCAGCAUAUGUCGAAAGAGGAAGAACAGGUUUUUCCUUUGCUUAUUGAGAAGUUCUCAUUUGAAGAGCAGGCAUCACUUGUUUGGCAGUUUUUAUGCAGCAUUCCUGUGAAGAUGAUGAGAAAAUUCCUUCCUUGGCUUUCAUCAUCUGUUUCUUCUGAUGAAUCUCAGGAUAUGCAAAAAUGUUUAUCUAAGAUUGUUCCAAAAGAAAAACUUCUCCAACAGGUGAUUUUCACCUGGAUGGAAGGUAGGAAGUGCAUCAACAUGAUUGAAUGUGAUGAUGUUGACCCUGGGAUCCGAGGUUCUAUUGAGUUUCAGCCAGGUGCAUAUGUUCACAUUGCAGGACAAGUGCAGUGUUCUUGUGAAUCUUCAAAGACUGGGAAAAGGAAAAUUUCCCCCCCAAAUUGUGAUGCUUGUGAUACUGAUUUUGGUCAUCCAAUAAAUGAGAUCUUGCAUUGGCACAAUGCUAUAAAAAGAGAAUUAGACGCAAUUGCUUCAGAGGCUAGAAAGAUUCAGCUGUCUGGAGAUUUUUCUAAUCUCUUUCCCUUCUAUGAAAGACUCCAGUUCAUAGCUGAUGUUUGCAUAUUUCACAGUGUUGCUGAAGACAAGGUCAUAUUCCCAGCCGUAGAUGGAGGACUUUCCUUCUUUCAGGAGCAUGUGGAAGAAAAAAACCAAUUUAAUGAGCUUCGUUGCAUGAUUGUGAACAUUCAAAGUACAGGCGUCAAUUCAAUUUCAGCUGCUGAGUUUUUCUCAAAGUUAUGUUUGCAUGCUGAUUUAAUAAUUGAAACAAUUAAAAAGCACUUUCACAAUGAGGAAGUUCAGGUUCUGCCACUUGCUCGGAAACAUUUUACCAAGAAGAAACAGAGGGAGAUCUUGUACGAAAGCUUAUGUCUAAUGCCACUGAAGUUGAUUGAGCGUGUCUUGCCAUGGCUAGUUGGAUCAUUGACUGAAGAUGAAGCCAAAAACUUCUUAAAAAAUAUGCAGUUGGCAGCUCCUGCAUCUGAUACUGCUCUUGUGACACUUUAUUCUGGUUGGGCAUGUAAAGGACGUAACCAUGGAGUGUGUUUAUCUUCUAGUUCAGCUGGUUGCUGCCCUGUUAAAAGGUUUGCUGCUAAGGAACCAAAUUCUAUGCAAGGAUCAUGCCCAUGCUCGCUCUCUAUGCAGACUGAUGAUUCUAGGAGGCCAUUGAAAAGAAAUCUUCCAGUGGUCUGCAUAGAUGGUGAUUCAUCUGACUUGUCUAAAGGCUUAAAUGCUUGUAGUUCCUCUUACAGUGAUCAGUCUUGUUGUGUACCGGGACUGGGAGUUAGUGGUAACAAUUUGGGACUAGGUACUAUUUCCACACCAAAAUCUUUUCGAUCAUUGUCCUUCAGUCCUGCUCCUUCUCUGGACUCUAGCCUCUUUAUUUGGGAGACAGAUAAGAGGUCUUCUGGUAUUGACUGUAAAGUGCAUCCAAUCGACACCAUAUUUAAAUUCCACAUAGCAAUACGCAAAGAUUUGGAGUAUCUAGAUGUCGAGUCAAGUAAGCUCAAUGAUUGCGAUGAGACAUUUCUUCGACAGUUCAUAGGUAGGUUCCGUCUGCUUUCAGGCUUAUAUAAAGCACACAGCAAUGCUGAGGAUGAAAUAGUUUUCCCAGCUCUUGAAUCUAAGGAGGCCCUUCACAAUGUCAGUCAUUCGUAUACAUUGGACCAUAAGCAGGAAGAAGAAUUAUUCAAAGAUAUAUCUUGUGUCCUUUCUGAUCUUUCAUUACUUCACAAGGGCUUAAAGGAAUGUUACGAAGUUGAAGAAUCUGAAAGGAGUAAUAUUGAGUCUUCUAUUGGAAAAUAUCAUGAACUUGCCACGAAAGUUCAAGGCAUGUGCAAAUCACUAAGAGUGAGCCUGGAUCAGCACAUAUUCAGGGAAGAACUUGAACUGUGGCCACUUUUUGGCGAACAUUUCUCUGUUGAGGAACAGGACAGGAUUGUUGGCCGUAUUAUUGGGACUACUGGGGCUGAAGUUCUUCAGUCUAUGCUUCCUUGGGUAACUUCUGCUCUAACUCAGGAUGAGCAGAAUAAUAUGAUUGACACGUUAAAGAAGGCAACAAAGAACACCAUGUUUAGUGAGUGGCUUAAUGAAUGUUUGAGGAGAACUCCUGAAAUAUCUGUAGUGCCUGAAACAUCACAAAAUAGCAAUAUUAGCAAAGGUAUUGAUGCUCAUGAAAGCCUGAACCAGAGUGAUUUGAUGUUCAAACCUGGAUGGAAAGACAUUUUCCGCAUGAACCAAACUGAAAUUGAGUCAGAAAUUAGGAAGGUUCAUAGGGACUCAACUCUUGAUCCAAGAAGAAAGGCAUAUUUGAUUCAAAAUCUUAUGACUAGCCGUUGGAUAGCCUCUCAACAAAAAUCACAAGCAUCAAUAGAUGACAUUUCUCGUUCUGAAGACUUGGCUGGAUGCUCUCCAUCAUUUCGAGAUCCUGAGAAACAAGUUUUUGGAUGUGAACAUUACAAGAGAAACUGUAAACUUCGUGCAGCUUGCUGUGGCAAAUUGGUUGCAUGCAGAUUUUGCCACGAUGAAGUGAGUGACCACUCAAUGGACAGGAAAGCAACAGCAGAGAUGAUGUGCAUGCGUUGCUUGAAGAUUCAACCAAUUGGACCAAUUUGCAUGACACCAUCAUGCAAUGGAUUUUCUAUGGCAAAAUACUAUUGUAGCAUUUGCAAGUUCUUUGAUGAUGAGAGGUCAGUAUAUCACUGCCCAUCUUGCAACUUAUGCCGUCUUGGGAAGGGACUUGGAAUUGAUUUCUAUCAUUGCAUGAAAUGCAACUGCUGUUUGGGAAUAAAUUCGGUUGAGCACAAAUGCUUGGAGAAGGCUCUGGAAACAAAUUGUCCGAUUUGUUGUGAAUUCUUGUUUACUUCUAGUGCAACAGUGAGACCUCUACCUUGCGGACAUUACAUGCACUCAGCUUGCUUUCAGGCAUAUGCCUCCAGUAACUACAUUUGUCCCAUAUGCAGCAAAUCAAUGGGUAACAUGGCGAUAUAUUUUGGCAUGAUUGAUGCUUUGCUGGCCAAUGAGGUUCUUCCAGAGGAAUACAGGAACCGUCAGCAGGAUAUCCUUUGCAAUGAUUGCGAACGGAAAGGAAUGGCAUGCUUCCAUUGGCUAUAUCACAAAUGUGGAUACUGUGGCUCUUACAACACUAGAGUCAUUAAGACCGAUAAUGAUUGCUCUACCUCGAGCUAGUAAGGAUCACCAACCUUUGCCCGUUACAAGAUCCCAUUCCUUCCUGCUGUAAAUACUGUAUAGAUAUCUGGUUUAGACUUUUCCCCCAUAAUGUCAAUAUGCAACCAAGAGCGUAGCUAUUACCACGUCUACAGACUGCAAUUUCAGCAACAUUGCAAUUUUUGGAGAUAAUAGAUAGGUGCAUCAUUUUAUGUAGGUUCCAUUUCAUUUGUUCAGACAGAUGCUGUAUCACUUCCCCUUUCAGGUCCAAGACGUUAUAUUCUUGGUUUGUUCCUUCUGGUUUUUGGUUGCUCAAAAGGGAACCCAACCUCGUAGGCAAGGUUUGGUUAUUUAUAUGUUCUGCACAUCGGAAAAUAAAAUGGAUUAUCAUAAAUUUACAAAUCA